UCAUGCCCCCCUGGAGCAGUCUGUUUACUGUAGAUAAACAGUGGGUCUUAUGUCCACAAGGUGUCAGAAUAUAGGCGAGGUGAGCCACUAGUGAGCAAGAGCUAAGAGGUGAAAGUGGGGGUGGGGAUUGGGCUUGGUCACAUUAGUUCAGCACCUUGGAUAGCAAUGUAAAUCCGCAGCUAUUUAUGCAGUUAUAUGUUCUGAAGAAUAUUAGUCAGUAACUACAGUAAAACUAGUAGAUAGGAUAGAUGUAUACAGUGCCUUGUUUUUCCACAUUGUCAAGACCUGGAAAUGACCUGGUUUACCAUUUUGCACAGUAUGUCAAAUGUUUGAAGGUGAAAAAUAUUUUUAUUGUGAUACAAAUGUUAAUUAAGUAUUGUAUAAGUAUUAUGAGUCAACAUGUGGUAGAACCAGCUUUGGCUGCAAUUUCAGCUGGGAUGAUAUUUUUGCCCAUUCUGAGUUGCUCAAGCUCUGUCAGAUUGGAUGGAGUCUGUGAACAGCUAUUUUCAAGCUUGGGGUUUUAACUGUGCUAUUCUAACACAUUCAGGUUCUUGGUUUUAAACCACUCCAGUGUAGCCUUGACAGUAUGCUUAGGGUCAUUCUCCUGUUGGAAGGCAAACCUCUGCCCCAGUCACAAGUCUCUUGCAGACUGGAACAGGGUUUCUUCUAGAAUUACCCUGUAUGCUCCGUUCCUCAACUCUGACCAGUUUCCCUGUCCCUGUUGAUGCAUGAUUAGAUUGAGAUCUGGGGAAUGUGGAGGCCAAGUCAAAACCUUGAACUCUUUGUCAUGUUCCUCAAACCAUUCCUGAACAAUUUUUGCAGUGUGGUAGGGCACAUUAUUUUGCUGAAAUAGGCCACUGCUAUUAGGUCGCCAAGAAGGGAUGUUCUUGGUCUGCAACAAUGUUUAGAUAGGUGGUACAUGUCAAUGUAUCAUCCACAUGAAUGCCAAAACCCAAGGUUUCCCAGCAGAACAUUACCCAGAGCAUCACACUGCCUCUGCUGGCUUGCAUCCUGGUGCCAUCUCUUCCCCAGUUAAGCAACGCACAUGCACCCGGCUGUCCACAUGAUGUAAAAGAAAACGUGACUCAUCAGACCAGGCUUCCUUGUUCCAUUGCUCCAUGGUCCAGUUCUGAUGCUCACAUGCCCAUUGUAGGCGCUUUCAGUGGUGGACAGGGGUCAGCAUGGGCACUCUGACCGGUCUGCUGCUACGCAGCCCCAUACGCAACAAGCUGCAAUGCACAGUGUGUUCUGACGCCUUUCUAUCAUAGCCAGCAUUAACUUAUUCUGCAACCUGUGCUACAGUAGCUCUUCUGUGGGAUCAGAAAAGGCAGGCUAGCCUUUGCUCUCCACUCCAGUGAGCCUUGGGCACCCAUGACCAUGUUGCCGGUUCACUGAUUGUCCUUUCUUGCACCACUUUUGGUAGGUACUAACCACUGCAUACCGGGAACACCCCACCAGACCUGUUGUUUUGGAGAUGCUCUGACCCAGUCAUCUAGCCAACACAAUUUGGCCCUCGUCAAAGUCACCCAUAUCCUUAUCCUUGCCCAUUAUUCCUGCUUCCAACACAACUUCGAGAACUGACAGUUCAUUUGUUGCCUAAAAUAUCCAAAGAAUGGCCCAAAGGUGAAAAAAAAUAAAUAAUGUAUUACCCUUAAGUAUACAGUGAAUAUAUCUGUUGUGGUCAGGGUCCCUGGAGGACUAGUGGUUAGGCCACGGCUUGGGUUCGAUUUCCGGCCAGGGAACCAACCCCAGCCACUGGGGUUGCACCAGACAGUGCUGGCCCCAAGCCCGGAUAAAAUUGAUGAGGGUUGUUUCAGGAAGGGCAUCUGGCAUAAAAAUGGUGCCAAAUCAAAUAUGCAGACCAAUGAUCCACUGUGGCGACCCCUCAUGGGAGCAGCCGAAAGAAGAAGAACAACAACAUAUCUGUUGUAGUCAGCUAUAACCAUAAUGGUAUACUGUACAUUCAACAAAAUUUCCACGGUUAAACACAAGUAGCCCCAAGUGAUCUCUUCCACUGUUCAGUUGAGUUCAGUUAGACUGGAAUAAAUGCUGUAGAUGUUAGAGAUUUUGCUGUGCAUUUAAUUUGUUUUUAUGUAUAUAGAAUAGGAUACAAGCAUUAAUAUUGUUGAAGUCCUGUGUUUCUCCAAUAAAAAUCCCUCAGCAUUACUAUGGAAAUAUAUUUGAAAUAUUACUAACUAUACUAUCAUACAUUCAAAGACCUGGCCAGAUGCAGAUUAAACAAUAUGGCAUUUAGCAAGGUCCAAAUAUUCUCCGGCACCUGUAAACAAAAGUGUAACAACAGUGUGAAUUACUGUAGAGAAUUAAGGAGGCCCUUCAUUGUAAAGGUUCUUUACUGUACCUAUUGUAAUUAUUUAAGUUUCCUUAAGUGUGUAUUUUAUGAUAUUACACCUUCUGGUGAUACUGUUUUUACUCCCUUGUUUUUAUCACAGUAGCAUCUUUGAGCCAAUUUUAUUUCCCAUUUUGGUUAUUUUUGCCAAUUCCCACCCACUAGCUAGCCCCUCUCAAACAACAGAACAGAACAGAACACAACAAAAUGCUCUCUUGAACUCCCUGCCACGACUGGCUGUGACGUGUGUGGUUUGUCAGGAAUCUUUUUUUUGGCCUUUGACCAUUUCCUGUUUCUCUGAGAUAUAAAUAUGGGGAAAAAAAUGCACACAUGUAAUGGAUUUAAGCACACAAAAACAAGUUUCAUUAUUAGACAUAAUGGAAUGCAAUUCAUUUUCUCUGUACAGGUACAAUAAAAUAUUUAAAUAAAAUACUUUUGUGGCUUAGUCAGAAAUGAACAAAAUUAAUCUUAACUAAGCUUAAACCACACUAAUAAUCCUAGAAGGCAUUGACAACAGAAUGCUUUAGCCCAAAACCUGGUUCUGUUUUGUGUGUACAGGACAACAACAACAACAACAACAAAAAAGUGAUAUAUAGUGAUACAUGUGAUAAUGAAAAAAAAACUGAUAGAGAUUUUUCAUGUGGGCAAACUCAUAUUUAUCAAAAGAGUCUCUGGAGACUGAGAAUAAUGUCUAAUCGAUUGUUUACAAGAAUUAAAAUUUUUUAAGCGUGUUAAAAUUUUUGAGAAUAUGUAUUAUUUAAAAAAAGUUUUGAUGUCACAAGCAGCUUCGUACUCAGGACUCCAUCAGUGGACAGUGGAUAGAUUUUAACCAGCCGGACUUCUUGCAAAAACUGUGAUGAAUUUAUUGGUUGCACAAUUGCACUAUUUGUCCAUAUAGUACACAAUAAUAGAAGGGAUUUAUUUAUAAUCGCACUAUCCGUUGCACCCGGAUGAGGAUGAGUUCCCUUUUGAGCCUGGUUCCUCUCAAGGUUUUUUCCUCAUAUCAUCUCGGGGAGUUUUUCCUUGCCACUGUCGCCACUGGCUUGCUCAUUAGGAAUAAAUUCACAGUGAUAAAUUCAAAUAUUUUCAAUAUAUUUUUGUGAAUCCAUUUAUUUCUGUAAAGCUGCUUUGUGACAAUGGCCAUUGUUAAAAGCGCUAUACAAAUAAAAUAAAAUUGAAUUGAAUUGAAUGUGAAUGUCAGAGGAAAGGUAAGUCCAGGUGCGUUUAGUUGGAGUGGAAAACUGUAAUAAUUCUGCAUAACAUUGCCUUUAUGCCCAUUCUCUGUAUGGCGAUAAUUGUGAAGUUGACUAUGCUAAGAAUUCAUGUAAGCUAAAGAAGUCUCUUUCUAGUGACCAACCUCCUUGUAAACACACAUAUUAUAUAUGGCAAAUAAACAAAAAGAAAAAGUGAACAAAUGCAUGUUUAAUGUUCAGUACAGAGUUUGUAAUAUCAACCUUGCGCUUUCUAGAAGCAUUUUAUUCUUUUAUAGUUAGAUUUUUAUAAGUAACUAUGAAAAAGUAUGAAAUUAAGCAGCACUGAGCACUGUAAAGGCUUGAAAAGAAUAAUAUACUUUUUAAAUAGAAAAUUUGCUAACUUUAAGCAUUUAAACUAAUAGUUCUGAGUUAGGAAUGGCAGUAGCUUAGUGUGCCUGAUGAUGUUAGAGAGGUCGUCUCAUGCUAACACCUGCCUCCAUGAUUUACAUAUGUUAUUGUUGGGCUUUUGGACAUUUGACUAUUAUCCAAACUACUCUGUAGAAAGACGAUUUAGCCAUUUUUUCCUCCCUUUUAGUUCUAAUGUAUCAUUAUUCAACUGCAAUCUUACUUACUUAUAUUUUUAUUUUACGCCUACAAAAGACUUGGAUUUAUUUGGCACUACAGAAGUCGGUUUUCAGGAAACAAAAAGCCUAGAAACAUUAUUAAGUCCUACAAGAUUCUCCCAAUGCCAUGGAGAAUCUCCACUACCAGUAUUAUGUAGACAGAUUUUAAGGUUUUAAUCUUUUAACUGCUUCCUUUAACAUGUUUAUAAAAUAGGGCUGUGGGUUAAGUAUGUGUUUUUAAAAUCUCUACAUUCAGAAGUGUGUUUAAGACUGAAAUUAAACACAACUAGUAAAAAAGGUUCAGGUAAAAGAUGGGAAAUGCAUGCUUUUAAACAACAUCAUCCAUCACAAUACAAUACAAUACAUCCUAUAUACAGUGCAUAUUAUUAUGAUAUACUGUACGGGUCUGUAUGUUAUCCAUAUUAGACUCUAAAAGCCAUUUUUUUCAACCAUAUUGAAGCUCACAUGAAUCAUCUGGAAUGUUUUGGUAGUUGCGUUCUCCACCCUCGAAAUACUCAUUUGCAAGUCAUAUUAAAGGAAAGGUGGUUUUAGGAGUGUUGGUUCAGAGUCUACAGCUGUCAUUGUGCAUGUCAGCCCCAAUGCCCCAUCACCAAAGAGCGAGCUGACUAGGACACCAUGAUCAGGAAGCGUUAUAUUCUCAAAGAGCCUGAGGUCAAAGACUAUAUGGUCAAAGGAGAGAGAUUCACAAAAUGGAAAGAAGACUCAUCACGCACUGUACCCGUCACUAUGAAGAUGGAUUCAAAAGGAUUCUUCCUUUACUGGAUAAACUCGAGCAAGGAAGUAGAAAUUGUGGAUGUGGCGACCAUACGGGACACACGGACAGGGAAAUAUGCAAAACUCCCCAAACAUCAAAAAGUCCGAAAUACAUUCAACAUGGACUUCCCUGACAGUAAUUACUUAGCCAAGACCUUCACCGUUGUUACUGGACCUGACACGGUCAAUCUCACCUACUACAACUUCUUUGCAGCCAAAGAGAAAAUAGUGCAGAACUGGGCCGAUGACAUCCUGGCCAUUGCCUACAACCCCCAAAGGGCCAACAUCUGCAGACAAAUCUACCUGGAUAAACUGUAUGUUCGCCUCACACUGCAAACCAACAAGGAUGGCAAGAUUCCUGUUAAAUAUAUCUAUAAGAUGUUUCCAGCUGACAAGAAAAGAGUUGAGAGUGCACUAUCAGCUGCAAAGCUUCCUAAGGGAAAGUUUGACUCCAUAAAGCCUGAUGUGUUCACUGAAGCUGCAUUCAAGACCUUCCUGAUGAACCUUUGUCCUAGACCAGAGAUCUAUGAAAUCUUCAGCACCUAUUCUAACAAGCCCUACAUGACCAAGGAGGUCUUUAGCAAGUUCCUGUAUGAGAAACAGCGAGACUCGAGGCUUAAUGAAGAGCUUUACCCGCCACUGAGACCUGAUCAGGUGAAAGCCCUCAUCGACAAGUACGAGCCCUCCUCCACUAAUUCAAACCGCGGUCAGAUAACCCCAGAGGGUCUACUCUUCUUCUUAAUGGGGCCUGAGACAACACCUGUGAUGUUAGACAAAAUGGCCCAGUGCCAUGACAUGACCCAGCCCAUCCCUCACUACUACAUCAAAUCCUCCCACAACACCUAUCUUACUGCCGGUCAGUUCUCAGGCACCUCCUCUCCAGAGAUGUACCGUCAGUGUCUGCUUGCUGGAUGCCGUUGUUUGGAGCUGGACUGCUGGAAGGGCAAACCUCCAGAUGAAGAUCCAAUCAUUACUCACGGCUUCACCAUGACAACUGAGAUCCUUUUUAAGGACGUGAUCGAGGCUAUUGCAGAGAGUGCAUUCAAAACAUCUAAAUAUCCAGUUAUUCUCUCCUUUGAGAACCACGUGGAUACAGUCAAACAGCAGGAGAAGAUGGCUAACUACUGUAGGACCAUAUUUGGAGACGCUCUACUCACUGAACCCCUGGAGAAGUAUCCGUUGAAGCCAGGCCACCAGAUCCCCAGUCCUUCUGAGCUGAUGGGAAAAAUUCUGAUCAAAAACAAGAAGGGCCCCACAGGCCCAGCCAAACCUCCACCAAAGAAAACACAAGAGGAGGGUCAUGGGGAGAAUGCAGGAGAGCAUCCUGAGAACCCUGAGAACCAGAACCAUGAACAUGAGGAGCACCAUGAUGAUCACCACGAUGACCACCAUGAUGACCACCAUGACGAUGAGGAACAUGAUGAGGAAAAGAUGAAGAACUCAGAUGAAGGUACAGCUGGGCAGGAAGUAACAGCUUUUGAGGCGAUGUCUUCAAUAGUCAACUACAUUCAGCCAAACAAGUUCAUCUCCUUUGAACAUUCUAGGAAAAAGAACAGGAGCUAUGCCAUCUCUUCUUUUGUGGAAACCAAAGGAGAGCACCUGAUAUCCAAGAGUGCUGUGGAGUUUGUCGAAUAUAACAAGAGACAGAUGAGUCGAAUCUACCCCAAAGGAACACGUAUGGACUCGUCUAACUAUAGCCCUCAGCCUUUCUGGAAUGUAGGCUGUCAGAUGGUGGCACUGAACUACCAGACCAUGGAUUUUCCCAUGCAACUGAACAUGGCACUGUUCGAGUAUAACGGGAGGACUGGGUACCUCUUAAAAAGUGAUGUGAUGCGGAGGAAUGACAAGACGUUUGACCCCUUCACCGACAAGAUUGACACCAAUGUGCCCAGCACACUCUCUAUCAAGAUCUACUCAGGCCAGUUCCUAUCUGAUAAGAAUGUGAAAACAGCAGUGGAGGUGGAGAUCAUUGGCUUGCCUGGAGACCCCAAACGCAAAUACCGCACCAAAUACACUGCCGUACCAAAUGCCAUCAACCCUGUGUGGAAUGAGGAGCCCUUUGUGUUUGAGAAGAUUCUGUUGACAGAAUUGGCUUCACUUAGGAUAGUGGCCUAUGAGGAAGGCGGGAAAUUCAUUGGGCAUAGAAUUAUUCCCAUAGAUGCCAUCCAAUCAGGAUUUCAUCAUCUUUGUCUGCGUAGUGAGAGUAACAUGCCUCUGAUGCUCCCUGCCCUGUUUGUCUACAUUGAGGUGAAGGACUACAUCCCUGCUGCUUUUGCUGAUUUCACAGAUGCUCUCUUCAAUCCAGUAAAGUCUACAAAGCCUGCAAAACACGAGAGUGCUAACUUUGUAAGCAAAUAUGAGAUGCCUGGUGCUGCAGCUGUUCCAGCCACAGUGCCUGAAGGUGAUGAGGCCCCAGCAGAGGGCGACGCUAACUCUUCAGAAAUACCUUCAGAUGCGGAGCCUAAAUCAGACGCCCCAGAGUCCACUGAUGGAGAAAAUCCCAAGUCAGAUGACCAGCCAGCACUGGCUGAUCAAGAGCCACAAGCUUCUGAAGCUGAGCCAAACCCUGAGGUGCCUGCAACCUCAGAAGAUGCUCCUCCAUCUGAAGCACCUCCACCCACCGAAGAGGCUCCUUCCACUGAAGCACCUGCACCUUCUGAAGAGGCUCCGCCCACUGAGGCACCUCCACCUUCUGAAGAGCCUCUGCCCACUGAGGCGCCUGCACCCACAGAAGAAGCUCCUCCCUCUGAGGCACCUCCACCUUCAGAAGAGGCUCCCCAAGAAACUCCUGCACCAUCUGAAACCCCUGAGGCAGAGAAUCCCGCUGAUCCAAAUGAGCUGGCCUCUGUGACCUGUGAUGAACUGCAGCAGCACAAGAACUACCUGAAGGUCACCAAGAAGCAGGAGAAAGAGGUGAAAGAGCUGGAAAAGAGGUUCCAGAAGAAGGCCGAGGAGAUAACUCAGAAAUACAGUGACCUCUUCAAAUCCCUCAAGAAGAAGACUUCCCCGAAGAAGAAUGAGGCAGGGGCUGAGGGGCCAACAGCAGAGCAAAUCAACGAGCUGAAAACGAAGCUGAAGACGGAGUUUCGCUCACUGUGGAUUGAGAAAUACGAUCAGCUGAAGAAGAAGAAAGAGCAGCAUGCCUCUGAGUGUUUGACCAAGCUGCUGGAGAUGGCUACAGAGAGACACGCCAGUGAAAUGAAGGCACUGAACAGUGAAAGUAAAGCGGGGAAGAAGAAAGAAUCAAAAAGCUCAGGUUCCGAGAAGAGCAGCUUGAAGAAGUGCAAGAGUAAGGAACAGCUUGACGAUAAUGACGAUGCGCAGUCUGCAUCUACCGAUGGCAUUUCAUCACAGGAGCUGGAGCAGAAACUUAAGAAGAAACAGGCUGAAACUCUGGCUGACAUCAGAAGCGUGAACAGUCAGAUGAACCAGCAGGCUGUAUCAGAGCAUGCUAAGAAGAUGUGGUCUCUACCAGGUGAUCUUAAGGAAGCAGUGAAUGCCUGUGUGGGCGCUCACUUCCCGGAGCAUGUAGAUAAGACUGAAGGCACCAAGUCAGAGCAGGAUGGCCAAUAUGGCCAAGUUUACCGGGGCUGAUGUCCAUUCAGCUUUCUCUCCUUAGCUCUCCUUAUCACUUCUGCAGAUGUAGUCGAAAGGUACACUUGAAAUAGUUUGGAAAAUCAUUCUUCAGGAACUUAACAAUGCUCAUGUUUCAAUCCACAUGUUGAUAUAGUUUCUGAGUGAAAUGGGUGCAAUGUGCCAGAAUUUCUCUCAUGAUAUUUGUAGUAAAGCCACUGGCACCAUGGUUUAAAGAGAUGUAAAAGAGACAAUCACCUGCAGAACUGUGCUGUUACAGAAAUGUGUCAGUUGUGAUUUUAGGAUGUAUUGAAUAGUUAUUACAAAGGACAUUGCUCUAUGAUCUUUAUUUAGCACUUCCAGUUAUUUAUGGGAGCAUUUUGGUAUGUGUACAUUUGGAACACAUACAGAGAAAUGUCUAUGGUCUUCAUUUAGUACAUAUAGAAUACAAUCUAAUGUUACUUAUUAAGGAGAUACAAGUGAUGUCUCACUAAUUACGAAAAUAAACUUAAUUAAAGAACGCUCAGGCUUAAAUAAUAGUGUAUUCUCUUUAUUUA